AGAAGCUGACGUUCAGAGAUGUGAGGUCUCCUCAGGAGUUUCGGCAGGGUGAGGUGGCUGAAGUGGUCUGUGAUGUCACCAGUUCCCCUGUGCCUGUGGUCUCCUGGUUUUACAACAACAUUGAGAUCACUGAAGACACUGAGAAGUUUGAGCUCCUACAAAACAACAAUCUGCAAGUGCAGAAAGUGACUAAAGCAGAUGAAGGAGUGUAUCGCUGCGAGGCCAGAGUCGAAGCCAGGGGAGAAAUUGACUUCCGGAACAUUAUCCUGGUGGUUAACGUUCCGCCUGUCGUCUCUGUGCCACAGCAGUCCUUCAACGCCACUGCAGACUAUGGAGAAUCUGUGACCUUCACUUGCCGGGCGUACGGCUCACCUGAACCUGAUGUUACCUGGCACAGGAAGGGAGUGCAGCUUCAGGAAUCGGAGCGGUAUGUAAUGAGAGCUCGAGGUACAACGCUUACGGUUCGAAACAUUCAGCAGGACGACGGGGGAUCCUACACCUGCAGGGCCUCUAACAAGGCAGGAGAAGUCGAGCAUGAACUGUUUCUCAAGGUUUUCGUCCAGCCACACAUUACUAAGCUAAGGAACGUGACAGCUGUGGAGGGCAGCGCUGCUAUGAUCUCCUGCAAAGCUGAGGGGGAACCUUUACCUGAAAUCUCCUGGAGGAGAGCAAGCGAUGGACACAGCUUCUCAGAUGGAGAUAAGAGUCCAGACGGCCGUGUAGAGGUGCGAGGACGUUAUGGAGAAUCUAUGCUGACUAUUGUUGUAGUCAAGCUAUCAGACUGGGGGCGUUUUGACUGCGAGGCUCUCAGCAGAAUCGGUGGCCAUCAGAAGAGCAUGUUUCUGGAUAUAGAGUAUGCACCGAAAUUCCAGGCCAACCACACAAUAUUUUUCUCUUGGGAAGGCAAUCCGGUCAACAUCAGCUGUGAUGUGAUGUCUAACCCUCCGGCUACAAUGCUGUGGAGAAGAGAAAAGUUGACCAUUCCCAGCGAAGGUGCUGGAAACAUGCGUGUGUACACUGCUCCUGGCAGAUCUCUCCUCGAGGUUACUCCGAUGUCAGACAGAGAUUUUGGCCGUUACAACUGCACAGCCAGAAACAACAUCGGGAUGCGCUUCCAGGAGUUCAUCCUAGCACAGGCAGAUGUUCCCUCAAACCCUUACUCUGUUCGGCUGAGCUCUGUGGCUCAGCGCGUGGCCACAGUUACCUUCACCAAGCCAGACUCUCAUGGCGGCGUCCCCAUCAGUCACUACCUGGUCAAAUACAAAGACAUCAGCUCACAGGACUGGAAGGAUGUCAAAUCGCUGGGGACGCAGACUAUUGUGUUGCUUACCAACCUUGAGCCCAACACGACCUACGAGGUGAGAGUAUCCGCGGUGAAUGGGAAAGGUCAAGGAGAGUUCAGCCACACAGAGAGCUUUCAAACCCUGCCCAUACGAGAGCCAAGUCCCCCAUCGGUUCAGGGUCAGAGAGGGGUUGGAAAGGCAUAUCGGUUGGGUCUGGUCAAGCAGGAUGACGGAGGAAUGCCCAUACUGGAGUACAUCGUCAAAUAUAAAACAGAUAAGGAGGAGCAAUGGAUGACAAAACUUGUUCCAGGUGUGAAUGAUUUCGUUCUGCUUCAGCCGCUCCAGUGGAAUACACAGUAUGAGGUGGAAAUCACUGCACGCAACGUCAAAGGCCUUUCUGAACCCACCGUUGUGAAGUUCUCCAUGCCUCAGAAACCUGAUAUCACAGCAGAUUCGCUGUUCAGCGGCCUGGGUCUGGGAGCAGUGGUCGGGCUGGGUUUAGCUGGCCUGCUGCUGCUGCUCGUGCUGGUGGAUGUCAGCUGCUUCUUCCUGCGCCAGUGCGGACUGCUCAUGUGCAUCACCCGCAAGCUUUGCAGCAAAAAGACUGCCACAAGCGGCAAGAGCAAAGAGCUUGAGGAGGGCAAAGCUGCCUACCUGAAAUUACCUCUAAAAGAGGAAAACGGCAAGGAGACUUUGAAACCGGACACGAUCGAGAUCAAACUUCAUGGUGACAACAGCCUACACAUGACACAGGAGGACAGCAAAGCGUAAUGGAGGCCCUGCGACCCUCUAAAAGAACAUGCAAAGUGAGCCACCCGGAGACCAAUAGCAAGCAAACAAACGAGAAUACAAGCAAGAACACGCCAACCAAUUGUAAGAUCCUUUGUUAGAGACUCCUUGUCGGGGUGUCAGAAGAGGCCAUGCGAAAACUGCUUUUGUGAAACAUUUUUCGAAGGUUGCCGCUCAACAGACAGGCUCCUGUUUAUUUGUGCUUGUUCUCGCUUGUUUUCAGUCUUUAGUUUCUUCCUUUAAGGCUUUGCUGUUGCUUUGAGUCUUUGUUAUUUGAAGAGGUUUGAUCUACGCGGACAAGCGUCACAAUUUUUCUCUCGCUCUCAUUCAGUCUUUCUCUGGAAUCCGGCCGUUGCACUUUUUUCCAGUGUGGUUGCGCAAACACGUCGCUUUUUAAUACAUCAUUUCACUCGAG